AGGAAGAGGAGGGUGAGAGAGUCAAAAAGAGAGAGAAGAGAGCGAGGAAGUACGGCAGACGUCCGAGCGUGGAACAGGUUCUCCCUGGCACUGACUCGGUCUCACUCAGCAGACAUGUCCAACUUUGCCGGCACCUGGAAGAUGAAGAGGAGCGAGAAUUUUGAUGAACUUCUGAAAGCUUUAGGCGUGAACGCCAUGCUGAGGAAAGUGGCGGUGGCGGCGGCCUCCAGUCCCCACGUGGAGAUCCGUCAGGACGGCGAGCAGUUCUACAUCAAAACGUCCACCAGCGUGCGCACCACAGAGAUCAACUUCCACAUCGGGGAGGAGUUUGACGAGGAGACGGUGGACGGGCGAAAGUGCAAGAGCCUCGCCACCUGGGAGUCGGAGAACAAGAUCUACUGCAAGCAGACUCUGGUGGACGGCGAUGGACCAAAAACCUUCUGGACCCGCCAACUGAAUGGCGACGAACUCACACUGAUUUUCGGGGCAGACGACGUGCUGUGCACUCGCAUUUAUGUGCGGGAAUGACGCUUCCAAGGGGGAAGGGACUCAUCUGGGACCACAACUCAAUAGCUAACAUGCUAACACCUACAGUUAUUACAGUAUAGUCUCCAAACAAACGCUAGUGAUACAUCUGUAGUCAACUCUCUCUUCUUUAUUGCAACGAUAUUCGACGACAGAAACCAAUAAAACUUAUAAAAAAUAUAAAACA